AUGAAUAAUAGUACUUUUCAAAAACAUGUGGACCCAGAUGGACUGCUGCUCCAGGUGCUGUGGGAUGAUCUGCGAGCACAGCGGGAUUUCGUCACGUCACCUUACCUGCCCGCAUGCUUCGCUUUCCUCAUCCACCUUCUCCUCUGCGCACCUUUUCUAGCCAUUGAAGCGCUGGGAUGUUUCUGGCCACGGAUAAAUCUCUACAGGAUCUCGAGGACCGCUGAACCGUUGCUGUUGUGUUUGCAGCGAUGGGUUGACUGCUGUUGGAGAAUUUUUCUGAAAUACCUGACCACUGUUCUCCCUGCCACAGCGCUUUACCAAAGCGUUAGGAAUCCAAUAUUUCCCGAACUCGCGCCAUCAUGCAGCCUGUUCAUUGGGGAGGUUAUCGCGUGCCUACUUUUAUUUGAUGCGCUGUUCUUUAUAUGGCAUUAUUCCAUGCAUAGGUAAGCUUGAACCAGAAUCUGGGUUUACAUCACAGGAGGUUGGUGGCACAUUAAUUGGGGAGGACGGGCUCGUGGUAAUGGCUGGAGUGGAAUACAUUGAAUGGUAUCAAAUAUAUCAAACACAUGGUUUCCAUGUGUUUGAUGCCAUUCAUUUACUCGGUUCCAGCCAUUAUUAUGAGCCGUCCUCCCCUCAGCAGCCUCCACUGCUCAGGAGACAUUGAAUACAAAGAUGAUCCUUUAAGCCAGAAAGCAUCCAUUCAACUUGCCAUUCAACAGCUUUUCAAGCUGAAUAAUGUCAAAAUACGUUAGGUAAUUACAAAAUAAUGGAGUUUCACUGAGCAACUAUCUUCAUUACUGCUGUUACCUCCGGUAGGCCUAUGUACUUCCAAAAAAGGUUUAAAUAAAAAGUCACAUAUGCAACCAAUAAAAUGCCUUGUCUGGAAAUAAUCUAAGUAUUGUUUUUGACCAAGUGCGCAUGAGCCAAACCUCUUCUGCACCUGUAAUAUUAGUAAUAGAAUUAAAAUACACUAAAUGUACUGAACAGUCAUUCUGAUUCCCAUGUAAAAUAGCCUUUUGAGUGUCUAAAACAUCACCCAUAAUAUGUGUUUUGGAUAGAAAUGCUAUAUAUAUAUAAAAACAAUUUUUAAGUGCUUUUUCUCUCAUGGCUAACUACCAGUAAGUUUGAAAAGACAGGCUGAGUGGUCGUGAAGCUUAUAUUCAUGGCCUCGCCUUGGCUGACAGCUCUUUGAAACGCCUAUGUCAAGUAAUUUGGAUGCAGUGAGCAGUGUUACAUUAAAAUCAUCUCAAGCACAUUUAGUAAUACACAAAGCAACUCAAACAACAUUAAAAUUGCAUUAAUAACCAUGUUUCCAUCCACAGUUUUUAUGCAAGUAAAGUCAUACCGUAUAAAAAAUAUAUAAUGACAGCUGUGAUGGAAACAGGUCGUUUCGGUACAAUUUUAUAAAUGCCGACAGAUCAUUUGUUUGUUCGACAUAGUGGGAUCUUUUUGUGUCGGUACAAUUAAUAAUGAGAGAAAUGGUGAUGGCAACACCUUUAUGCACAAAUAUUGAUAUAAUAACCAUCAUAUCGAAGUAAACUUGGAGUCACGUGAUUAUAUACAGUUGAAGUCGGAAGUUUACAUACACUUUUUCAACCACUCCACAAAUUCCUUGUUAACAAACUAGUUUUGGCAAGUCGGUUAGGACAUCUACUUUGUGCAUGACACAAUAAUUUUUCCAACAAUUGUUUACAGACAGAUUAUUUCACUCAUAAUUCACUGUAUCACAAUUCCAGUGGGACAGAAGUUUACAUACACUAAGUUGACUGUGCCUUUAAACAGCUUGGAAAAUUCCAGAAAAUGAUGUCAUGGCUUUAGAAGCUUCUGAUAGGCUAAUUUACAUCAUUUGAGUCAAUUGGAGGUGUACCUGUGGAUGUAUUUCAAGGCCUACCUUCAAACUCAGUGCCUCUUUGCUUGACAUCAUGGGAAAAUCAAAAGAAAGAUCUUAGAAAAAAAUGGUAGACCUCCACAAGUCUGGUUCAUCCUUGGGAGCAAUUUCCAAAUGCCUGAAGGUACCACGUUCAUCUGUACAAACAAUAGUACGCAAGUAUAAACACCAUAGGACCACGCAGCCGUCAUACCGCUCAGGAAGGAGACGCGUUCUGUCUCCUCGAGGUGAAUGUACUUUGGUGCGAAAAGUGCAAAUCAAUCCCAGAACAACAGCAAAGGACCUUGUGAAGAUGCUGGAGGAAACAGGUACAAAAGUAUCUACAGUUGAAGUCGGAAGUUUACAUACACCUUAGCCAAAUACAUUUAAACUCAGUUUUUCACAAUUCAUGACAUUUAAUCCUAGUAAAAAUUCCCUGUCUUAGGUCAGUUAGGAUCACCACUUUAUUUUAAGAAUGUGAAAUGUCAGAAUAAUAGUAGAGAGAAUUAUUUCUUUCAGCUUUUAUUUCUUUCAUCACAUUCUCAGUGGCUCAGAAGUUUACAUACACUCAAUUAGUAUUUGGUAGCAUUGCCUUUAAAUUGUUUAACUUGGGUCAAACGUUUCGGGUAGCCUUCCACAAGCUUCCCACAAUAAGUUGGGUGAAUUUUGGCCCAUUCCUCCUGACAGAGCUGGUGUAACUGAGUCAGGUUUGUAGGCCUCCUUGCUCACACACGCUUUUUCAGAUCUGCCCACAGAUUUUCUAUAGGAUUGCGGUCAGGGCUUUAUGAUGGCCACUCCAAUACCUUGACUUUGUUGUCCUUAAGCCAUUUUGCCACAACUUUGGAAGUAUGCUUGGGGUCAUUGUCCAUUUGGAAGACCCAUUUGCGACCAAGCUUUAACUUCCUGACUGAUGUCUUGAGCUGUUGCUUCAAUAUAUCCACAUAAUUUUCCUUCCUCAUGAAGCCAUCUAUUUUGUGAAGUGCACCAGACCCUCCUGCAGCAAAGCACCCCCACAGCAUGAUGCUGCCACCCCCGUGCUUCACGGUUGGGAUGGUGUUCUUUGGCUUGCAAGAACCCCCUUUUUCCUCCAAACAUAACAAUGGUCAUUAUGGCCAAACAGUGCUAUUUUUGUUUCAUCAGACCAGGGGACAUUUCUCCAAAAAAGUACGAUAUUUGUCCCCAUGUGCAGUUGCAAACCGUAGUCUGGCUUUUUUAUGGCGGUUUUGGAGCAGUGGCUUCUUCCUUGCUGAGCGGCCUUUCAGGGUAUGUCGAUAUAGGACUCAUUUAACUGUGGAUAUAGAUACUUUUGUACCUGUUUCCUCCAGCAUCUUCACAAGGUCCUUUGCUGUUGUUCUGGGAUUGAUUUGCACUUUUCGCACCAAAGUACGUUCAUCUCUAGGAGACAGAACACAUCUCCUUCCUGAGCGGUAUGAUGGCUGCUUGGUCCCAUGGUGUUGUUUGUACAGAUGAAUGUGGUGCCUUCAGGCGUUUGGAAAUUGCUCCCAAGGAUGAACCAGACUUGUGGAGGUCUACAACAUUUUUUCUGAGGUCUUGGCUGAUUUCUUUUGAUUUUCCCAUGAUGUCAAGCAAAGAUGCACUGAGUUUGAAAGUAGGCCUUGAAAUACAUCCACAGGUACACCUCCAAUUGACUCAAAUGAUGUCAAUUAGCCUACCAGAAGCUUCUAAAGCCAUGACAUAAUUUUCUGGAAUUUUCCAAGCUGUUUAAAGGCACAGUCAACUUAGUGUAUGUAAACUUCUGACCCACUGGAAUUGUGAUACAGUGAAUUAUAAGUGAAAUAAUCUGUCUGUAAACAAUUGUUGGAAAAAUUACUUGUGUCAUGCACAAAGUAGAUGUCCUAACCGACUUGCCAAAACUAUAGUUUGUUAACAAGAAAUUUGUGGAGUGGCUGAAAAACAAAGUUUAAUAAUUCCAACCUAAGUGUAUGUAAAGUUCCGACUUCAACUCUAUAUCCACAGUAAAACAAGUCCUAUAUCUACAUAACCUGAAAGGCCGCUCAGCAAGGAAGAAGCCACUGCUCCAAAACCGCCAUAAAAAAAGCCAGACUACGGUUUGCAACUGCACAUGGGGACAAAGAUGGUACUUUUUGGAGAAAUGUCCUCUGGUCUGAUGAAACAAAAAUAGAACUGUUUGGCCAUAAUGACCAUUGUUAUGUUUGGAGGAAAAAGGGGGUGCUUGCAAGUCAAAGAACACCAUCCCAACCGUGAAGCACGUGGGUGGCAGCAUCAUGCUGUGGGGGUGCUUUGCUGCAGGGGGGACUGGUGCACUUCACAAAAUAGAUGGCAUCAUGAGGAAGGAAAAUUAUGUGGAUGAAAUGAAUAAAAGCUUAAAUAAAUAAUUCUCUACUAUUAUUCUGACAUUUCACAUUCUUAAAAUAAAGUGGUGAUCCUAACUGACCUAAGACAGGGAAUUUUUACUAGGAUUAAAUGUCAGGAAUUGUGAAAAACAGAGUUUAAAUGUAUUUGGCUAAGGUGUAUGUAAACUUCCGACAUCAACUGUAGUGUGUGGUCCUCCCACUAUGACUCGGGAUUUCAUGCAGUUUAUUAGGCUACAGAUGAAAUAAGUUAUGAUGAACUUCACAAGGUGGUGAAAGUGCACAGUUGUCUUGAUGCUCCUUUCCAAUAAAUAUCCAGGGUCCUAUUCUGUUGACAUGAUGAUCGAUGCUUGACUGCCGUUUGACAAAUAAAAAUAUUAUCUUAUCCAUAAUAAUCUCGUCAUGUAGACUAGCCUACCAUCAUAACCUACCCGCACUGUAUCAUUGAGCUUUUGGCUAGAGCGCCCGUGCCAAGACCAAAUGUUGUGUGCACUACAUCAUCACACAUUGAUUUUUAUCUGCAACAAGUCCUUUGGGUGGAAACAUACCAAGUUUCGCAAAAACAAAUGAAAUCGCAAAAAAAGUGUCAGGACCCUUCUAUAACAUGCCAUUUACCUGAAAAAUACAGAUUUUAUUGUAAUAAAGCGCAAUUCUCUUUUAACUCGGAUGACCCUCAUGUAGAGAGUCUAGAAGGAGCACAUAAGGUUGGUCCCUGGCUGCCUACCAAACACAAAAAUGAUGUCUGUCUGUAUGGUCACCAGGGUUCCCUGGCUGUAUCGGAGGGUCCACCAGACUCAUCACCAGAACCGGAUCACCUUCGCCCUGACUGCCCAGGACGCCAGCCCGGCUGAGCUACUCUCCCUGCAGAUGCUGGCCCUGAGCAGUGCCUGGGUGGUGGGCUGCCACCCUCUGAGUGAGGCCCUGUUCCACCUGCUCAACACCUGGCUGGCCAUAGAGGACCACUGUGGCUACGACCUGCCCUGGGCCCUCCAUAGACUACUGCCCUGCUUCGGAGGGGCCCCCUUCCACCAGGCACACCACCAUGUCUACAGGGGGAACUAUGCCCCCUACUUCAGGCACUGGGACUGGCUCUGUGGGACCUACCUGAGGGUGAGGGAGGAGGCUGGGAGUAAACAUGGAGGGAGGACAAUGAGGAGAAGGAGAAGAAGGAAGAGCCUUGGAUCUGACUGUGUGUGUGCACAGGCGUGAAUGUGUUAAAAUGGAUGUCAUCUAUGAAGCAAACAAAGAACUGACAUGUCAGGUAGCAUCAUUAGUACAGUCAGUACAGGCUAACACAUGGGCUAUGUGUGCGUGCGUGUGUUUGGAAAUUACGGGUGGUUAUAGGUUGAUUCAUAUGGAAUAUUUGACGAGCAUUAGAUAUAAAGAGACAAUGCUGGUAAUUUGUCUAAAUUGGCAUGUUUGGAAUAAACUGUUAAUAUAUUGUUAUAAUCACUCUACUCUCUUAAGCCAGGCUAUAUAUUCUACUGUCACUACCAGGUUAUCAACUUUAUAAUCAUCAAUAUAGUUUAUACUCCGCUCCAUAAUGUGAAUAAAUGAGUAGAAACAAGUUUUGUUUGUACCUUGCAGAGGUAUACUAUAACCUCUCUCAGAAUCAUUUAUAAGUCACAAACUGUAAAUUGAAUCCAGACAUUUCAUCUUUAUGUAUUUUUAGUCUCUGUUUCGUGUCUGUAAUCUACAACAACAGUUAUGAAAAUGGUAUUGGAGAACUAGUAUCAGCCUGCUCAUGAGGGCCUCUCAUUCAGCAAUUUCACUUGGCAUUUUGGCAGCUUGAAUUCCAGCCAUUGCCAACUCACACUUCAUACAGGGAAAAUAUAUUGAGGUUUUAAGUUAGUCAAGCUUCCUCAGUCGCUCUGGAUAAGAGUGUCU